AUGGCAGCUGCCCCGCUAGAGAGCUCUAGCACCCCGCCUGACGCUACAGUGUACCCACAGACGCGUUCCCUCGGUGAUUCCAUGGAAGAAAUCGACCCCCAAUCCACCCGGAAACGUCCUCGUCUCGAUAGCGGGAGUGGUGCUUGUGAAUCUCUGCCAGCUCCCGACGAGGCGUCAGCCCCGCUCCCCGAAACUGCCCCGGAUGCUCCUGCCAUAGCAGACCAGGAAGCUGCUGUGCCGAACCGUCCAGCUAGCAGAAUGACCAUCAACAUGAAGUCCCCUACUGCCGCUAAUAAGCGUCCCACUGCCACCGAAGACACUCCCAUCGAAGGACCCGGUGCCGACCCUGAUGCCCCCGCGAAAAUCACCGGCGGACAACCUUUGAAUGUCGUAUCACUCUCAUCUUCACCCGCUCAGAGCCCGGAGAUAGAGGUGGCGGAGCUGGAAGAUAUGGACCAAGAUCCAAAUACUACAAAUUGGAAGUCCUUAGGUGGAGCCUUGCGGGACCCUUUGGUGGCAGACGUGGUGCAGCUCCGUGAGCAGGUCCAUUUACCGGAUAGUUUCCCGGUGCUUGACCAGGAUCGAGAGCCGCGCGAGAAUUUGGAGGAAAUUUGUUUGUACAUUGAAAAAGGAUCCGAGCAUGACACUAUCGUUUUCACAAUGGUUAAACAGUGGCUGGAUGAUGUGGCGAACUCUCUAGAAAACUUCACAUACGAGACCUUUAUGGACUCAAAGCUGUUCUGGGAUGAUGUUCCGAUGCUAGCAGAUUGUCUGCUUCGCAGAGCUGAACAAUUUCGACCAGAUGACACGGCUGAAUUUUGGCGAUGUCUAGAAGGGUUCCUCAUCAACUAUGCUCGGCUGGCUUUCCAUCUUAUUCAUUUGGAUGCUCAGCUUCUAGGACAGUUGACCAACGAAAACGAUCCUCCAGAAUUAGAUUUGAUGUCGCGGAAUUACCUUUACUCUCUGGGUUGGUUCUUAAGCUACGAUAAAAAUCCGUUCUAUGUUGCUCUGCAGAGGCAGUACGGGCAUGAGGUGUCGAAUAUGAUAACCCGGCUAAAUGAUCAAGUGUUAGCGGCUCCAAUAAAUGGUGUCCAGUGUCUUUCCGCAUAUACAUCCAACAUUGCCGCGCUCAUUCCUCGCUGGCCGCAGCUUUCGCAGCCCUUGAUUCAGGCAUUGAGCAUUGUCCAUGACCUAGCAGAACCAAAAGACGACCACAGCGGGUACGGCCCGGACGACCAAAUGGUUCCCCAUGGGCAUCAACAAGCAAUGGAUACAAUAUACAGCCUCGUUCGGUCGGUAGACGAGCUAUAUCAGACUCACAUUACUAAAAAAUCCCCCUGGAUAACUAACGAGGCCAGUGCCACAGUGCUUCGUCAUAUUUCAAACACAUACAUGGCCCUGUGCAAUCAGAGCGCAAGCUUAGCCUCGCAGAUUGCCGACGAUCUGUCUAUACAGGUUCCUGAUGACGCUCCGCCGGUUAGUUUGCCAAUUAUUGUUUUUUACGGUUGGAGAUUUGGCGUUCUCAAAAAGCACAUCAUGGACGGCCGAAUGGAGCUCCGUGUCGCUGGGAUUGACACAAUGCAAGGUGACUUUGUCAACGUCUAUUCUCAGUAUAUGCGAAGAGAUAUAUCCUCUGGACUGCAUAAUCCUGUUGUCCAAUUUAUGCUCAAGAUGCUGAGGGAGAAUAGGAUUGUCGAGUACAUGGUCAGCAUCGAAUCCCAUCCCCAACUGAUUAGUAGAAGCCAUAACAUAGUAGGCUUCCUUGUUGUUACGGGGACAUAUACUGAUGCGGAUACCGACACUAUUUGGAAAACGGUCACAGAAAGCCCGGACCCUCGAACGGUGUCUGAAGUGCUCGGAAUGCUUAUGAAGACAUUCAGUCUGCAUCAUGAUUUAUCUGGUCUUCUUUAUCUAUGUUCCAAGUUGUUGGAGCUGCCUUUGACCCAUUUUGACCAGCGAAUGGUGGAGUUCUGCGAACAACUAUUUCACGUUCUGCGUGAAAGAAAUCCGAUCAGACAAGACUCCUUUGACAGUGUACACGUCGAUGUGAGGCCGUUACGUCUGUGCGUGCGCCUAAUUCGCGAGAGUGCUGCGACCGAAGACCUUGCCGUCGAUCAAAAAGCUUCCCUGCAAAAAUUCGCUGGUGGCCAACUAAGUUCCUUUAUGGAUGUAGGGCUUAGCGAUGCCGAUAAGAUGGAUAUCUAUGAGAGAUGCGUUCAGGAUAUCGCCGAAAAGAAUCAGUUCAGCGUGGGCAGCAUCCAAGCCCUAAAUGCUCUUCUCAGCAGUCAAGAUUCGCAAGAGAUCCGGAAGCUUGCUACCGAGUUCAAUCUCACAUACCUGCUUAUUUCCGAGAUGGCUGAAGUAGUGCAAGGGAACCGAACAGAUUUUGCGGAUACCUUUUCAAGAAAUGGCUUCAUUUCCCGUGUUCAAAUGCUUUCCCGGAUUAUUGAAAGGAUGCCUGAUUCCAUUACUCCGGAACUCGGUGAUAUCUUAUGGCAGAACAUCUUCAUGUCCUCAUCUCUUCCCCAACAAGGAAGAAGAAUUCUCUGGGAUAUGUUCUGCGCAAUCACUAGGCACGUCGUGACAGGGAAUCCGUUCAUUGACCGCUGCAUCCAAUAUUACCUACCUAAGCUGUCGCCCUCCGCAGAUUAUUCCCUCGAGGUGCUCGCGUUUGCCAAACAGACUAUAAAUUACGAGAUUCGCUUCAACCCUCCGUCCUCUGUCGCCGACAACGAAGUAAUUUCGAUUCCUGGAAUGGAUAGAAUAUGGAACUUUAUCCUGACUGCACCCCCAAACUCAAUCGAAGCCGAUGCGACUGCUUUUGCCAUAGAGGUCUAUCUUGAUCAUAACAUCAUCCAUCGCUCUCCCAGUUCAUCUGUUGAGGCGACGCACAUGGCUUUGGUUGACCGUUGUGUUGAUCAGCUCAAAUCCGCGGCAUCAAAGCUGAAAUUGCACUCGGGUGACCCAGCAGAUGCUGAAGAAAUGAUGGUUGUGGAAGACCCUAGUGAUGGAACAUUUGCAGAUGAACUAAAAUUCAGCCGUUCGCUUUUUUUUCUUCGUCAAUUUCUACAAGCCUUACGUUCUCGACCCCAGUAUAGCCCACCACAAAAUUCACCUCCCAGUAUACCAAUCCAGCCGGAGAAAGGCGAAUUGAUCGAUAUACGGUACCAGGCGUUUGAUGGUGGUUCACGAUCCAAGGUUCGCUCGCUACGCAUUGGAGAUUUGUCAACGGCUUCUGAACUCCAUGAAACGCUCGUAAAAAUGACCGGUUUCUCCAAGCUUAUGAUCAUAUUCUCGGGACAAAGGAUGGACCUUCUCGAGAAACCUGACCAGGUACUUCGGGAUUUGAAGCUCUCAUCAGGAUUGAUGAUCGUCCGGAGAGACCCGAGCUGCCGUGGCACGGCUGGACGGAAAUUCCAGCCCUUGACUUCGGUUGAUAAUGAGGUGUUGAAGCACUUUGACGAUUUAUACGAGCUUCUUAAUCUUGACGACCAUCUCGCUCGGGAGAUAUAUGAGUUUCUUAUUGUCUUUCCGCCCCAGGAGAAGGUUAUGGAUAUGGUCAAGUCUCCUAGUGAAACCGACCAAAAUAUGUUUCCCAUGGACAGGCCGUAUAAAUUUCUGUACUCUGUCAAUGCACUUUCUGAAUCUCUUCGACAAGAAGCUCUUGAGCCAACCCCGAGCGAAUCAAUGGUGUCUCAUAGUGUUCAGUCUGUGAUCACUGCCCUGACUCGCGGUGAAUUGUUGGAGACGUUGGGAACCUCACCUAUAAGCAUUCAGCUUGCUGCCAGCUUGAUUGAAUGUCUGCUCUCUGCUCUGACGGUGAAAGCGCCUGUGUCUGGUGAUGUGCCCGUAAUUCCAGAUUCUACAGCUUUGGUUACUCAGUUAGUUCGUAUCCUGGAGGUCGGGCAGGGCUUGCGCAACCCCCAAAUGUCGGAACUCACGAUACAAAGACUUGUCUGCUGCAUUUUUGCUAUUUUCCUCGAAGGGUCUCUUAGAGACCCCAGCUUCUGGGAUGCAACAAAGCACCAAGCCAAGUUCGACCGGCUCUUGUUCUCUCUACUCAUUGAGGAGUCCCAUCAGCCUAUUCGAAAGGGAAUAUCGGACAUUAUUUUUCUUAUCUGUAGUCCUUCAAAGCAGUUCAAGAAACCAAAAUUCCCCGCCCCGCAAGCACAAGAAGCACGAGAAGUUGCGCUCUCUGAGAACCCCACCAGGAUCGAUAUACUCGCAACGAUAUGGGAUGCUUUUGUCCGUACUUUCUCACGUGUGCUAGAAUUCCCAACGCAGUCUCAGGAGUUUUUCGAGGCCGCUUAUAUCGUAUUCACAUCGGUCGCGGAGAAAUCCCCUCAUGACUUGAUUUUCAGUGAAUAUCUCAGGCAAUGGAGCGGCAUUAUGCUCAGCCACAGAACGAACGAGUUUGUUGGUAGAGAGCCUGUAGAUCACAUUAUCCUCGGUUUUUCUCGGCUCUUGAAGUCCUGCUUGGAUAUUUCUGCCUCAGCUAACAUCACUCUCGAUACCUUCAACCUCACAGAACAGCUCUUCGAUAAUUACCUCUUUCCAGAUCUUUCAAUGCCUUCGCACGACUCUAUAGUCCCGCAAAUCCCUGUGAUGCACACUCAAACGCGGCAAGAACUCUACACCAUAGUUGGCUUACUUUCAAAGUACGGUGACAACUACAAUCAGCUCAUAACGCGACUUGAGGAUAUCAUACCGCAAGAUCAUACAUAUCAACCCGGUUGGUCUUUUGAGAGACAGAAACUCAUCCGAUCUCCGGAGGGUUAUUCUGGUCUGAAGAACUUGUCGAACACUUGUUACCUGAAUUCGCUCCUGAGCCAGCUUUUCAUGAAUGUUGGAUUCCGUGAAUUUAUGCUCGGGCUCAAGCUUACGGAUCCAUCAGCGUCCCAAAAGCUACUUGAGGAGACUAAAAAGGUGUUUGCAUACAUGCAGGAGUCCUGGCUCAGAGCCGUCGAUCCCCAGGAGUUUGUUGACUCUAUACGAACUUACGACAAUGAGCCUGUAGAUGUGACUAUCCAAAUGGAUGUCGACGAAUUCUAUAACCUGCUUUUUGACCGUUGGGAAGCUCAGAUAUUGAGCCCUGAAGACAGGAAGAGAUUUAGGUCGUUCUAUGGCGGUCAACUUGUUCAACAAAUCAAAUCAAAGGAGUGCGACCAUAUCUCAGAGCGGCUUGAGCCAUUUUCUGCCAUUCAAUGCGAUAUCAAAGGGAAAGCGAACCUCGAGGAGAGCCUGCAGGCUUACGUCGAAGGAGAGAUUAUGCAAGGAGACAAUUUGAUAUUUCAUCUCAAACGAUUUGACUUCGACAUGGUAACUAUGAUGCGCAGCAAAAUCAAUGACGAGUUUCACUUCCCGGAGCGGAUUGAUAUGACGCCUUUCACUGUUGACUAUCUCUCGGAUUCCAAUGGAGACACUCAGCAGGACGUUUUCGAGCUGGUUGGCGUCCUAGUACAUAGUGGUACCGCCGAGUCCGGCCACUACUACUCGUACAUUCGCGAAAGGCCUACAGCGAACGGACGAGGUACUUGGGUAGAGUUCAACGACUCCGACGUUACGCGUUUUGACCCAGGAAGGAUUGGGGAGCAAUGCUUCGGCGGCUACAGCGAUUCUCUCCACUCCACCUCGGCGGGACAAGUCCGGUUUAAUAAAGUCUGGAAUGCUUACAUGCUGUUCUACCAACGCGUUUCAAGUAUGAUAUCGGCUAAGUCAACUUACCACGCGGCGGAGAACAACUAUCCAGUGCGCGUUCCUCUGCCUCUGGCGCUUGCUAACCAUAUUGUGAUGGAAAACGAAUUGUUCGUACGAGCCUACUGUCUGCUGGAUCCGUAUCAUAGCGUUUUCGUUCGUUACCUUGUCUCACAACUCAACGAGGAGAAACUCGCCAAGAGCGAACCGAGGAACAAAUUGGAUAAGUCGGUAGUUUUCAUCGCGCUUGACACGCUGGAACAACUGCUUAAUAGGACGAAAGAACCGACCGGGUAUGAGAAUCUCGUUAAGGAGAUUUACCGCAUCACCAACGAAAUUCCCAAGGGGCCCCAAAGAGUCCUCCAGUGGGCUUUCGAUAGGCCCGCUGGGAUUCCUCAUCUUCUAAAGAGUGUUCAUCCACAAAUCCGCAACGGUUCAGUCAGGUUCAUUGUACACGCCCUGGCGAGGCUUCGAGAGAAUGUCAUAACAACCGAAGAUGGAAGCUUUGAGAGGGAGAAGUGGAAUGCUGUCUACCUAGAUGGUCUUGAGUUUGUUAUUGCUACCCUCGAUGGCAUGUGGCCGACGUUGCACAGUGUUAGUCGCCCAUGGGACGAUUACUUUGAGCUCUUAUGCUCGCUGGCGAGUUUCGGCAGCCAAGAAGUCGGAGUAAUCCUCGAACAUGGGUUUCUUCUUAAAUGCUUAGAGAUCUUAUGGCUGGAUUCUGAGGACUCUAUGAGGCUAAAGCGUCAAUACCCUACCUACUAUAAGCUGCUCGAAAAGGGCAGGAGAUUUUCGCAUCGGAAGCUUAUGGACCUCUUGUCCGAGUUACUUGCGAAAAUUGAUUUUACCGCUCGGCCGGUCUCGGAAGAUGAACGACAAGCGCUUCCAAAUGAGAGGUUUUCACUAACGUUGACGGAACACGACCUCAUUAGGCCUUUGGGACAGCGCAGGGAGCUAGUCAUUUUGAAGAAGAUCCUUACCCAGUACAACAACCCACAAGCAUGCAGGAACAUUUUUGGUCUUCUUAUGGAUGCAGAGCCAGAUGCUGGUCUCAUGGAACCAAUUUUCCAGGUUCUGCUGGAAGGUCUUCGUUUUGCACCUGCUGAACGUUGUGCUCCAUUCCUCGAAGCCGCCCUGAUCCUUUGUAGAAGAGGUCCCAACAUGGAUCGAAUUGUCGCGAUUCUCAACCAUGUUGCAAAGGGUGUUGAUACAAUCAAUGAUAGCGGAGGCAGAGAACACCUCUUGUUCUUCACGAACUCGAUGAACAGUCGAAAUGAGCGUCUAGGACUUGACGAGGCGUGGUUCUCUUCUCAUGUUAUAGAAUUGAUUCCAGACUGGGUCCCGGCUCUCCUCAUUUACCCGGAUAGGACCAUACGAAACAUGACAAUGGACUUCCUGCGCAAAAUCCUUUUCAUUGACGAAACGACAGCUGACGGAGAAGAAGGGCAAUCGCGUUAUGCGGAAGUUGCCAAGGAGUUACUCUCAGCGAGCGUUGACAAGUUGCGUAAAUUGUAUCUUGCCACUCCUGGAAUCAGCGUCGAAGCAGGGGCGUUGGAGGCGAUUCGAGCAGUGAUUGAUCACUGCUUGGUAUCCUACUUUACUGACACUGAGGAGGACCAGAAAAUUGUUAGUCAGGCACAAGCGGUCGUAUCGGCGAUAGAAGAGAUGGCAGUCGAGGUACCCGAAGAAUUACCAUCUGGUAGGUCGGCCUUUUACUUUGUCUCCACCUUAGCGUCUAACCCGCGGCCCCCAGAGUCUGAUGUACCUUCUCCAGAGGAAUGGGAUGACGGCUCAAUGAUAGCUAGCGACUCAGAAAUGGGAAUGGCCGGAACGCCAUAA